CUCUGGGUGUUGAACUUGUAGACGCAUCGCUGCUCAAGUGGCGCAUGUCUUGGGCCACAGAAAGUGCUCUGUCAAUGUCUUGCGACUCUUGCGACUGUUUGACGCUUUUCGACCGAAAUGGAACUCCUUGUCCUGGUGGUUGCGCUGACCCAAGUGGUGGGUGUUCCUCGGGAGUCACCAGAUUUCGACCCUGAGCUGCAUGUGCCGGACAUGUCUUCAUCUGAGGAGGUGCCACAAGAAGACCGUCGUGAAUCCGAGAAGGGAUGCCAUUGGACUUCUCGGCUAAAAAUGGAGCUAUGUGGCGGAGAUGGCUGCCACGAGUCUGAAAUCUUGGCCUUUGACUUCCAGCGUCGUGCGUGGGAAUAUUACGAGGGAAAGGCGUCGGCACCGCCUUUGGAAGAAGCUUCCUUGAUCAUGAGCAUGCCAGUUGAAGAAUUGCAUGGUGCUUUCCAGCUUUGCCCUGGGAUGGUCGUCUCUGGGCUGCUGCUGGCUGCGGAAGCGCUCUAUUUUUCCGGCCCUCCCAAAACAGACUCCAAGACGGAUCCAUUGCGCAUGGCCAAGAGCUACAUGCAAUUCCUGCUCAAUUCAGACAGAGAGGAGUUCAACAUCAUGACAGAGAUGUGGCCAGUUCUUGAGGGACAGCAUCAGGCAGAAGCUGCUUAUGCCCAAGCUUUGACGACCACCUCACCUCCCUCCGUGGAUAUAGUAAUUGCCCGCUGCAGUACGACUCUUCGCUGGCUUUGGUCCUUACCUUUCCCACCACAGGCGAGGAUUGUGGUGUACUGCAAGUGCAAAGAGGAGGAAGGAGGCCUGGAGAGGCAGCUUGAAGGCAUCGUAAACCAAGUGGCGCAAGUGUUGGUGGUGCCGCUGCAGGAUGAGGGGAAAUGGAUGACAGGUGAGUGCACAGCCUACCUGCAACACAUUUUGAAUGGCUUGGCCGCAACUGCACCGUUGAAUUACUUGGCAGACUACACCAUCUUUAUUCAUGAUGAUGCGCCCAGACACCUGAAGCCAGACUUCCUAUCAAUUGUGUUCCGAAGCCUGGCCAUGGGAUCAUAUUCAGCAGAUUAUUUGAACAUUGCGCAUGAGCGCUAUGUAUCUGCGUCCACUCCUUGCCUCAAGUCACUCUAUAAGAUGGUCUUUGGAAAGGACUUGGAGGGACGUUUGUCGACCUACUGCUGUGGCCAUUUUGUGGUCAGUUCCAAACGCAUUCGCAGCCUGCCUGUGCAUCAUUUGCACAACCUUUUGGCAGCAGUGACUACGGGUGCUUACACGGCACUGGCUGGUGGGAUUUGCGAAGUUGCACAUAUGCCCUGCUAUGUUGUGGAAUACUUGUGGCAUGUCCUGCUGGGUGAGUCCGGACGGUUGCCCUGGCGAUCUGAAGACAUUCGUUUGCCGCUGGCAUUGAGAUUUGAGGGAGGGAGAGAUACACGCCUACCAUCUCCUCUGAGAUUUUCGUCCUACAUGCAAGCCAAGCUGGGCUAAGCAGCUGCAGAACUGUCAUCCUCGACACCGUUCUGAAGAUGAUCGCUUUGCCUGAACGACGUGUCAGUCACCGGCACGCGCUUGGGGGGGAGUGCCUCCCGCGACCGGUCAACAUGAUGGCGUACCAACAGCAGAGGCAUGGAAUUGCGGAACCGAUGCCAGGAAACCCAAGAUGAAGAGACCCUUGGAAGCUCUGGAUGCAGCUUCUGCAGCUGUGAGGUAUGCCAAAA